UCAACACGUUCGCCGUCAGCUGCCGAGAUCUCUCGCCGCUAACCAUUCUGCAAGAUGUCGGAGCCGGAGGACAAGUGGGUGCCGAAGCACCGCACUAGCAGCCGCCCGUGGUUGCUGGGACCACCCGGCGUGACGCCAGAGAAGCACUCCUGCCUACACGACGACUACCCUCCGCCCGUGACGAUGCGGCCCAGCGUCAAAGGGCGACAGGCGCAGCUGCUGGAGGCGUUCCUGUGGCAGCAGGCGCUGGAGGAGGCAGCCGCCCGGAUGACGCGGCCGCAGCCGGUGCAGGAAUACUCCACCGAGUACCGGCGACACUUCUACAAGGACGUGCCGCCGUCGCCGCUGCCGCGGGCGCAGCUAGACCUGCACCCGCUGUACUGGGACGCGGCGCUCAGCUACUGGAGGGACGAGACGGGUCGUCGCGCCUUCCGCCGCUGCUCAGAGUUCUCCAAGCCGCUCGGCGAGGAGAUGGACCGCCCUAUGCGCUAG